AUGCUUGCUCCGGGAGCUGGGAAUGUGAGCUUGAGAACAGUCAGCUCAAGCAGACCGCAACUACUUCGCUCCGAGUCGCAACAGUCUGCGGCCGCUUCGGACGACUACUACUCGCUCUCCAACCACACACCUACAACACGGUCAACGAGUGGUGCGAGUGGCGCCAGCAGCAGAAGUCGAGCGACCGUAGUGCGAUAUGCAACACCAAAUUCACAUCCCGUAUCGCGGACCUCAUCGCCCACCGUGUCUCGGACCCUGCUAGCCCCUCCCGUUCCUGUCCCGAGAGCAGAACAGAACCGGGAUAUACCAGCCGAGCAGCGUGAAACCCAUGUGACCCAGAUUGAUAGCGCAACGCAGUCGACCGAGAACAAGAAUGCAAAUCCAAAUCCCAGUUUAUCCUUGGACGGGGCUGGUGGAGAGCGUCCGACAGACAGUUAUGCGGGCCGAGGACCGACUCCUGGGAACGAUGACUCGCCGUACAUUCGCUUCGCUAUCAAUCAGCUCACCAGGGAAGGAGAAGAGGAGGAACCAAGGAAGUCGACCGAAAGUGAAUUUGGGUCGACUCCAACUGAGCGCUUGGUCUGGGAUGGCGGGUUGGGCCAUUUUGUCCGUGCCCCGACACCGGCACUGCAGCAGCCGCAGCAGCAGCAAUGGCCACCAGAGAGAGAUCCUCAGGCUUCUGUUGACCCGGAGGCAUUUGUUGCAGUUGACCCGCCAGAAGGGAACUUAAUAUACCCACCGCUGGAUUUUGUACCUGCUGUACUUCGACCAUGGGCAUUGGGCAUAGCAAUCGUCUGCGUUCUGCUGAUGAUUACUGGCAUUGCAUUUAGCAAUGUCUGGUCUCAAGAUCACCAGGGCUUCUGGGGGUACGAUGGUCGAGGCGGUUCGCGGUACUUUGUUGUUGAAUUUCUCCCUCAAAUUCUGGGGAUUUUCAUUUCCAUUUUGACAUUUGUCAUCCAAGCUGCAGUUUAUCGCAUAAUACCUUUCGCGAUAAUGGGAUCCGAGAGGCCUUUUAAAAAGGUUUUACAGGGCCUAUCGAUUGUGCCAAAAAAUUUCUUACUUCCGGAUCUGUCGCAUUUCAUUCAUGGCGAGGCGUUGGUAGGUUUUUCGUUAUUCACUAUAUGGCUUUCCAACUUCAUCGCGGUGCCACUACUUGGCUGUCUCUACCAAGUUAAGUGGUUUGUUAUAGGUGGUGAAGGAUCAUGGCGCUGGGCUGCAGUGACGGCAGUCGGCUGGGUAUUGGUAGCAGUUUACAGCUUGCUCGCAUUAGGACUAAUUUCGCUGAUGAUCCGAUUUCUACGGACGUGGUCGGGGUUGAUGUGGGACCCUGUCUGCCUUGCCGACUUAAUCACCAUUAUCCAGCGUUCAAAUGUUCUACCUGAAUUUGAAGGUACGGAGACUGACACCAAUGUUGACGAAGCAUUGAAGCCGAGAAAGCUUCGACUGGGUUAUUGGAAGCUAUCCCAAGGACGUCAUCCAGAGGUUUUCUACGGAAUUGGAGAGGUUGGUGGAACGGUUGGAAAUCCUUCCCUGCAUAUUGUGCGGAAACGCCGUCGAGAAAAUAUCUCAAAAGUUUCCUUUGAUGCCGAAAAGCAAAACGCAUAUGGAAACGAAGACUCUAAGGAGCUGUAUUCACCGAAAAUCCGUUACCGAUGGACUCCAUGGUUCCUCCGAAAGACCGCUGUUGUUGUUUGGACAGUUAUCAUCUGUGCGCUGUUUAUUGCGUUUGUCGUUGUUAGCUUCGUUCGCAACGGUGUCGAAGGAGGGUUUAAACCACACUUACCAACUCGACCAUCAAUAAGCGCCUUUUCCUCCUCCAACUUCCUGUACAGCUUCAUUCCGGCCCUAAUUGGGAAUUUGCUAUUUCUUGCAUGGCAGCAUAUCGAUUUCUACUUUCGUGCACUACAGCCAUACGUCAUGCUUUCUUCCCCCCAAGGGGCCUCGGCAGAGCAGAGCCUAUUGCUGUCAUAUUCGUCUCUCCUACCUUUUCAAGUCACUAUCACGGCGCUCAUCAACAAGCAUUACAAGGUAGCCUGGAUCUCUCUGAUGAGCAUUGUCUCUGGAGCUAUUCCAAUUCUGGCCGGCGGCGUCUUUAUCGCGCUUACCUACCCAGGAAAUGAGAUCAAGAUUGCAUCUGUAAUGCCUGCUUUCUACGCCAUUGUUGGGUUCUGCGCCGUCUACAUGGUUUCUUUUCUGGCUACUUGGCCUGGACGUCAUCGCUAUCUGCCGCACGACAUCAGCACCCUUGCUGAUCAGAUGAGCUUCCUCUACCAAAGCCCUUUGCUUUCGGAUAAGCUGUUGCGGGAGCCGCGUAGCAAAACAGACCUUGUCACAAGGCUUGUCAUUACUCCACCAGGUGACAAGGAUUAUCCCAAGUAUGGCUUUGGGAUUUACGUGGGACGCGAUGGUAGGGAGCACCUAGGCAUUGAUCGGUAUAGUCGACCGGGCCGUGCUGAUAUGCUCAUUACUACCGGAUCGAUGAAAUAA